AUUAUAUAGGAAGUGGGAAAUAAUUGGAGAUUAUAUGAAGGGAAAAUUUUGUUAGUUAAAAGAAAAAUUAAUGUAAUAUUAGAAAAAAAAAAUGAUAUAGAGGAAUUGAGAAAAGAAAUUUAAAAAAUAGAUAAUAAAUAUGAAUAGGAAUAAUAAAAUGUAAUUGAUAAUGAAUAGAAUAUAAAUAAUAUUGAGAGAAAACUGACAAAAUAAUUGAAACCAUUGAAAGAAUCAUCAAAGCAAGCUGAAAAUCAGUAAGAGCUUGAAAACUUAUAAAUCACAUAAAAAGAUUUAAGAUAAUUAAAGCAAUAGGUAGCUUAUCUACAUUAAAAAAUAUUGAAAUAAUAUGAUAGAAUUAAAAAUUUAGAAGAUGAUAAUAUUAAGUUGAAAUAACAGGAUGGAUAUCAAAUAUAACAAUCAAUGCUGCUAUUGGAAAAAAGUGAAAAUAAACAUUAAUUCAUAUAUUACAAAGCAUUGUUUUGGAAAUUAUAUUAUUACUUGUCGGCAAUGUUACAAAUCUCUACAGAAUUAUAUUAAGCAAACAGAGAUGCUAUGAUAGAAAGCUAAUCUGAAAAAGUGCUAGAUAUAGUUCAAAAGGUGUUCAAUGUAGGGUCUAAAGUGGUAGGAGUUAUCCCAAUAGGUGGAGAAGCAUCUUAACUUAUAAAUGAAGCGCUAGAUUACACAAUUGAAUAGAAAAAAGAAAAUAAAUUUAAGGUCAGACUUAAUAAAUUAACAAAUAUUUUAAAAUGGUAUAAUAUUAUUAGCCCUGUAGAAUUAGAAAACGAAGUAAAGGUAGCUGCAAUUGAACUUGCAAAAAAACAAUAAAUUGACCUAAAUGCUAGAAACUAUUAACAAUUUGAUGAAUUUGUAAAUAAAUUGAGCAAAUCCGAAAAAAUAGAUGAUAAUAAGAAUUUGCAUUGGAAAAACGGCACCAAUGAUGCUUUGGUUAUUUUAAAGUAUUUAGAUGAUUAGUCAGAAACCAUACUAGAGACAGAUGAUAAAAAGUUAAGAGAAAUAUUUUAAUAUGCUAUUGAGAAAAAUACAAAAACAUAAACUGAAGUUUUACAACAGUAAAAUGCAAAACCAAUUUCAUAAGUUGUUACUGUAUCACAUUGCUGUGUCAUUUAUUGA